AUGAUGCGCUGUAUGUCAUGUAUUAUGAUAUACCCUGCGCUUCAACAUCCAAAACUGAGGUACAUAUUAUGGUCUAAAUAUUGCAAAAUAUAUUCAUUUCCCUUUAAUUUACACUACAAAUACAGUUAUACGGAUAUUAUUAAGAGUUUUAGACAGAAAUGUAACCACUUGGAGCACAAUUACACCCAUUCUCAAUACAUUGGAUUGUUAAAUGAAGUCAAAUACGUUAGUGACGGUAAAACCAAAAAUGAGUUGGAAGUUGACUUUAGAAAUUUAACAAACAAGACACUAAUUGAAGCUAAAAAUGCAGAAGAAUUAUUAACUUUAUUGAGUCAGUACGUAGAGUUGGAUUGGCGUUCUUCUGCUAGAGAUUUAUUACCAAAAAUUACAACGCAAAUUAAUGAUUCAAACGCAAAUGGCUCAACGUUAACCAAUAAAAUUACUUACGCCAUUAAGGUGUUUGAAUUGCUAUCGCAAAUAAAACUACUAGACAAUCAACUUACCGACUACAUCAUUCAAAAUGUGAAAUUCAUAAUAAAUUCGGAUUUUGCCAAACUAAUCCUAUCUGUCUCAACCUACGGCCUAAGGACUAAACAUAUAUUGGAUAAUUUGUACAAUGAAUGCAUGCUCAGAGCCAACGAUUUUAAUACCACAGAUGCAAUGAUGAUUAUACGCGGUCUAUCGGAUUUUGCCAUAGACUACAAAGACUUUUUCAAAUUGCAAACUGAAAAAUUAUCAUACAAUGUGCAAUCUCUUACUGAUGAUGAUAAGAAACUAGUUCUUAAUAUGUGCCGAGCAUUACACCACGACGUGUCAUUUGAACCACUAAAGGAUGCUAUAUCUAAGCACUUAUUAGAUAAUGUAGAUAGUUACGAAAUUGAUUACCUAAUUAGCAUAAUUCCCUAUUUGUCGAGGGGCUCGAAAAGCAAUUCAUCAAGGGCACUGGUUUGUCAGACACUAAUUAAAUUAUUUAAUGAUGAACUAAAACUUAAAAGCUGCUCAGUUGAACAGCUUUCUAACAUUUUAGAGUCAGUAGCUUGGUGGAAGAUAAGAUCAAAUCUUAUCAAUCGCAUAUUAUCCCUUUUAACCACUAGAAUUAAUGAUGUUAAGAAUGCCAAAAAUCUGGGGUUAUUUGUAGAUAUUUACAAUUCUAUCAAUGCAAUGAGCUGGUUUCACCACCCUUUCAUGUUAUCUUCGGCACCAUUUGUGAAGGAACCACACUUGAUGUCUCGAAUUUCACCCUUGCAAUUUACUCGUAUUUUGCAGACCUUCAACAAGAUCCGUUAUUAUGAUAGGGAAAGCUACGAAUCAAUGCUAGAGUACAUAUCGAGCGAUUUUAGUGCAUUAUCAACGCGUGUCAAUCAGCUUUCAGAUGUACUCCUUGCGGCAGCAGAUGCAAAUGUUCAAGCGCACAAUUUUUACAAAAAAUGCGCAGCAUAUAUUUAUGAAUUUUUUAAAGAAAUUCACCUGCAGGUCACUGAUGAUAAUAUGAUAAAGUAUUUGGAGUCUAGGCGUGUUUGGCCCAGGGACAUAGCCAAUCUUUCUUGGUCACUAACAGUAUUAGAGUACCACAGGACUUCAGAAUUCAUACCACUUAUUCAAUUAUUGCUUUCCCCUCAAAUUGUACCAAAGCUCACUGCAUCAGAAGUAGAAAUGGUAUUACAUUGCGCUGAAGCUUGUAUUAUUGAGUGCACCAAUAUACCAAAACUUAUGCUUAUAGCACAGGAUUUAUCACAGAUAUAUAACAAACAACUCCAACAAAUAAAAAAUGAUUAUGAUAAAAUGCUGGCAGAAGAAAACUAUAAUGAUAGUGUUAAUUCGACUAAAAGUGCAGGUAGUAGAAUUUAUAGUCACAAUGAAAAACGCGAUGGUCCAUGGAUAAGUAGGCACCAAAGCUUGUACUCGGAAUUUCACUCUAGGGGCAGACUUAGAGCUUCUAGACAAAUACAAAAUACGCUUAAACAUAUGGGCAUUGAAGAUAUGUUAUGUCGUGUCACUCCUCACUUUUCUAGUCCCAACAUUAUCGACAUUUGCUUCUCCAAGGAACAUAAAAAAGGCAUUGUUAUUCUUGGUGGUAAUUUUUUGAUGCGUGAUUCACACACCGGCGAUUGGAAUUACAUGGAAACGGGACUUACAGUUUUACAGCGUAGGGUGUUAUCACUGCAAAAUUGGAAGACAUAUGAGAUUGGAUGUUCUGCCUGGUCUCAAAUGGUUAAUCUGCAAGAUAGGAAAGAUUUGUUACAAAGAGCAUUAGCGUCGUUGGAAAUUGAAAUACCUGAUAGACAGUAA